AUAAUGCAACUACAGAAAGGCUAAAAGAAGCUUCCUUUCUGCAUCAACAAAAACCAGCUCUUUAGCAGCUUAACCAGACUGUGCCUACUGCCUACCUCUUUCUCUCUGUCUCUCUCUCUCUCUCUCUCUUGAAGGUCUCUCAGUUCAUUUACUUCUCUGAGAGUAAAUUUCUGUUGGCAUAUUUCGAGGUCCAAAAUUGAUUGAAACACACUUUGAUGUCUAUGCCACUGGAGCAUGAUUACAUAGGCUUAACAGAGACUUCUUCAAUGGAAAGAAGCUCUGAAAAGAUUUCUUCUUCCUCUUCCUCUGCCCUCUCCACAACAGAGGAUGAGAAGGGCUCUGCUUUCAACCUCAAGGAGACUGAGCUAAGGCUUGGCUUGCCUGGUUCUCGCUCUCCCGACAGAAAAUCAGGACUUGGAAUUGGGGUCUCUAUUUUUGGAAAAGAUUUGGAGGAUAACAAGCAUAAUGGGUAUUCUCCAAACCCUUCAAAGAACCCUGUGUCUGGGGCUAAGAGGGGCUUCUCUGAUGCCAUUGAUGGCUCUUCUGAGAAAUGGGUUUUUGGAUCUGAGGCUGAUAUGGGUAAAGGAGCAAUCUUGUUCUCUCCUAGAGGUAUGAAUAAUGUUAAGUCUCUUGGUGUUGAGAGUAAUGGUAAAACCCAACAGUUAUGUGCUUCUGCACAAGCCAAGCAAGAGGUUGCUUCUGUUCCUCAAUCACCAAAGCCAGUCCUGGAGAAGAAGCCUCAGGUCUCUGAGCAUGCUAGUGCUCCUGCUGCCAAGGCACAGGUGGUAGGAUGGCCCCCAAUUCGAUCAUUUCGGAAGAACUCCAUGGCCUCUAAUUUGGCAAAGAACAAUGAUGAUGCUGAGGGCAAACAAGGGUCUGGGUGCCUUUAUGUGAAAGUUAGCAUGGAUGGUGCUCCUUACCUGCGGAAGGUUGACCUUAAAACCUACAACAACUACACUGAACUCUCCAUGGCUUUGGAGAAGAUGUUUAGCUGCUUCACCAUUGGGCAGUGCAGCUCUAAUGGAAUUCCAGAGCGAGAUGGCCUGAGUGCGAGUCGGUUGAUGGAUCUUCUCCAUGGUUCUGAAUUUGUUCUGACUUAUGAAGACAAGGAUGAUGAUUGGAUGCUUGUUGGUGAUGUUCCUUGGAAGAUGUUCACGGAGACGUGUAGGAGGCUAAGGAUCAUGAAAGGUUCCGAAGCAAUCGGGCUAGCUCCGAGGGCCGUGGAGAAGUGCAAGAACCGCAACUAACAUAAACUGUACCAGCUGGAAAUGGCAUUCUGAGUAUUGAAACCUUUCAAUGGACUUUUAAGUUGGGUGCAUGUUGCAGAUUGCUACAUAUGUUUCAGUAUCCUAGUUUUUGUCUUUUAUGGAUUGGAAAUUUUCCUACUAGUUAGAAAGUUUUUCACUGGAGAUGUCCAGAUUAUGUGUUUGUUUUGCUGCUAUUCCUCUUAUGUACCCAUAUAUUCUAAUUCCUAUGUAAAUGGUCCUUGCUGCUUGCAAAUCUCUCCUUUCUUCUCGGAAGAACAACCGUAUGCAUAA